UCCUCCUUUAUAGGCUCUCGUUUUCUCGUCUUCUGCUUCUCUGGUAAUCAGAGAAUCCAGAUAACUUGACUGAGAUCUUGAACGUGAUUUGAUUACUUGGAGUUGUUGAUUAUUGUCUGGUUUUAUAAACGAGGUUAAGAAAUUACCCCUUUCUGUUCUUCAAUUUGGAAUCGAUUGGUGAGUUAAAGCCAGAAGCCCAGAAGUACUUUUCAUUUCCAUCAGAGAGUAAGUGAGAAACCCUUAAUCCUCCGACUUUGUCAUCCAUGGAUUCUCAACCUGCUGAACCAGUCAGUUACAUCUGUGGAGAUUGUGGGAUGGAGAACACACUGAAGCCGGGAGACGUGAUUCAGUGUAGGGAAUGUGGAUAUCGCAUCCUUUACAAGAAGCGAACCAAACGAAUUGUGCAGUACGAAGCUCGCUAAAUACGAAGGGCAACAAAUUACUCACGGAUAUUAAAGGCUAUCUAAUGGUGUUAGAUAUUAAACUGAAAUUGUAGUCUAAUGCGUUGUUUGGAGAAAUGCGCUGUUUGAUAUUGUUCGUCAAGUAAUUCUCUGUAGUACUCUCCUUUGAUAUUGUUCGUUAAGUAAUUCUCUUUAGUAGUCUCCUGCUGCACUUUACUUAUAAUAUGAUGCUUAUUCUAUUUUGAACGUAACA